GAUGACGUCAGGAGCGCCCAACAAAAGGUAGGUUCGAGGUGUGUCCUCUGACUGUCACGUCGCUCUCAGACGUGAAGAACAUCUGAAGGAGAGUUUACGAGAGAAGAGAAGGUCGAAGUACACACAGACGGACGGAGAUGGGCUGGUGUCGGCUGGUGUCGGUUCUGGUGCUUUUGUGCUGCUCAGCUGCUGCAGAUACGACCGGAAGUGGCUGUGAUAAUGGAGACCAGGCGAGAGUUUCAGGUAAAGGACGAGUGUUCAUCGGCUUGAAGGACCCUGAGAACUCGUGUCAAGCUGUCGUGGACCCGACGACCGCAGACACGCUGAAGAGUCGUCUCACCACCGUCUUCAUCCCGAUCGUCUACAUCAUCGUGUUCGUGGUGGGACUUCCCGCCAACGGCAUGGCCAUCUGGGUGUUCAUGUUCCGGACCAAGAAGAAGAGCCCGUCGUCCAUCUACAUGGCCAACCUGGCGCUGGCCGACCUGCUCUUCGUCAUCUGGACGCCCCUGAAGAUUUCCUACCACUUCAGCGGCAACGACUGGAUCUACGGCGAGGGGCUGUGCAAGGUUCUGAUGGGCUUCUUCUACGGGAACAUGUACUGCUCCGUCCUCUUCAUCACCUGCCUCAGCGUGCAGAGGUACUGGGUGGUGGCUCACCCUCUGUCCCAGCAGAGGAAGAACAACAAACUGGCCAUUGGCGUCUGCGUGGCCAUCUGGGCGUUCAUCUGGCUCACCACCACGCCGCUGUACCUCUACAACCACACUGUCAAGGUCAAAGACCCCAACAUCACCACCUGCCACGACGUCAUCGUCAUCGAGGACCCGCUCGACCCGUUCCCUUCGGUCAAGCUGCCGUACUUCUACUUCAUCUUCAUGGGGAUGGUGGUGUUCCUGGUCCCCUGCGUGGUGAUCGUUGUGGCCUACGUUCUGUUGCUCAGAGCUCUGGGGAACAGCAUGGCGGACAACAGCUCCGCCUCAAAGAACCGCCAGAGAGCCGUGGUGCUGAUCGUGACGGUUCUGGUGACGUUCCUGGUGUGUUUCAUCCCCAGUAACAUCAUGCUGGUGGUGCAUUACUCUCUCCUGAAGGACGGAGUGGUCAAUAACGGAUACAGCUUCUACAUCUCCACGCUGUGCCUGGCCAGCCUCAACAGCUGCCUCGACCCGUUCAUCUACUACUUUGUGUCGGAGGACUUCAGGAACCACGUGAAGAACACGCUGCUGUGCCGGAGCAGCCGGACUGUGGAGAGGAUGAGGGUCUCGUUCAGCUCCAUGAAAUACUCCAGGAAGACCAAGUCGUUCGUGUCGGACAGCGGGAACACGCAGAGCAGCAGCUGUUAGUCGGAUAUCGCAGAGCAAAGACUGAUGGGAUCUCUGGCAUCGUUCCCUCUGGUUAACUGGAAAACCCGGCAGCAUUCAGGCCUGCUGGCACUCGGACUGAACAAACACGUCCGUGACGACGGACGAUCUCAACGCAUCAGAGAACCAAAGAUGAACUUUAAAUGUGAAGAUGACUACGCUGAAUACAUUUUAAGAUGCCAUUAUUAUGAGCUGCUUUCAGUGUCAAAAUGUGAAUAUUUGUUUUAUAUAGACUGAGCUUUUGUCCUGUCGGCUGCGCAAAAACUGUUUUUUACCCUAAUAUUUCUACUCAGGCUGCAGCUACCGAUUAUUUUCAGCCUUGUUGUAUUUAUCUUUUAUUAAAUAUCUAAAUUUUAUGAUGUCAGUGUUGUGUAAGAAUUUCCCUGUGGUAUCAAAUUUGGAUAUUUUUAAAGGUAUAACGUCAAAGUUAGAACAUCCAGUACGGUCAGCAACACAAAGAUCUUCAGUUCAGAGGAAAGAAACCAGAAAACAUUCAUGUUUGAGAAGGAAUCAGACAAUCCUCACAGAAAUACUGCAAAUCAUAGAAAACAGAACUGCAUGUGGGAACUGUAACUGAAGGGUGAAGCAAUUAUUACUUUUGCAAUUAAUAUAAAUAUUAAGACUGUGGCUAAA